ACCUCACUUGCACGGUCGUUGCACCAUACAUUGGAUUGGCUGCUCGGCUCGGCCUCUGCCCUUAUAUAGAGACCCCACCGAUCCUUGAUGCUGCAUUCCUUCCACUGCGAGCCGCCUCUUAUUCUUCUUCUCGAUCGGCCUAGCUAGCUAGCUCGACCGGCGGAGCAAGCAAGAGGCAGCAAUGGCGGAUGCGGGGGAGGGGCGGCGGGUGUGCGGCAUGCCGGAGAAGGCGCAGCUGCAUGUGGCGAUGCUGGCGCUGCAGUUCGGGUACGCGGGCUUCCACGUCGUGUCGAGGCUGGCGCUCAACAUGGGCAUCAGCAAGCUCGUCUUCCCUGUCUACCGCAACAUCAUCGCCCUCUGCCUCCUUGUACCCUUCGCAUACUUCCUCGAAAAGAAGGACAGGCCGCAACUGACCCUCAACUUCGUCGUCCAGUUCUUCCUCCUCGCUCUCUGCGGGAUAACGGCGAACCAAGGGUUCUACCUCCUGGGCCUGGACAACACGUCGCCCACAUUCGCCUCCGCCAUCCAGAACUCCGUCCCGGCCAUCACCUUCGCCAUGGCCGCCGCACUACGGAUCGAGAAGGUCCGCCUUGACCGGCGGGACGGCGUGGCCAAGGUGGUGGGCACGCUGGCGUGCGUCGCGGGGGCGUCGGUCAUCACGCUCUACAAGGGCCCCGCCAUCUUCGGGCCGUCCGGGGCUGGCGGCGGCGACAAGCUCAUGGCCGGCCCCGAGCUGGGGCUGCCGCUGGGCAAGGACGAGAAGAACUGGACGCUGGGUUGCGUGUACCUGAUCGGGCACUGCCUGUCGUGGUCGGGCUGGCUGGUGCUGCAGGCCCCCGUGCUGAAGAAGUACCCGGCGCGCCUCUCCGUCACCUCCUACACCUGCUUCUUCGGGGUCAUCCAGUUCCUCAUCAUCGCCGCCUUCAUGGAGAGGGACGCCGACGCAUGGAGAUUCCACUCCGGCUCCGAGCUCUUCACCAUCCUCUACGCCGGUUUCAUCGCGUCUGGCGUAGCGUUCGCGGUGCAGAUCUGGUGCAUCGACCGCGGUGGCCCGGUAUUCGUGGCGGUGUACCAGCCCGUCCAGACGCUCGUCGUCGCCAUCAUGGCGUCCCUGACCCUCGGCGAGAAGUUCUACCUCGGAGGCAUCAUCGGCGCCGUGUUCAUCAUCAUCGGCCUCUACCUGGUGCUCUGGGGGAAGAACGAGGAGAGGGCGCGCCUCGUCAGGGACGCCACGGCGGCCGUAGCCUCCGGCGAGCGCGAAGCCUCUGGCAUCCGGAGCGCCAAGGCGUCGUCCAUGACGCAGCCUCUCCUGCUGCCGUCCUCCACCUCCACAGACAACGUCUGAUCGUGCAAUAUGAUCCAUGCACUAAUGGACAAACUAGGAUUGAUCAAACUACUCCUGCGUUCUAAUUAAGCAUCCAUCCAUGCACGGAGUGAUCAUCCAGUAGUAUUAUUAUUGAUUAGUUUUUCUUGCAUUGUUACUGUCACGCAUGUAUGGUAUGCUGCUACAUAUAUGCGCUCAUUGGUGUGGUGAGCGAGCAGACAUGGUUACGGCAUGCCUCUGCCUGCUUCGUACGUGCGUAGCUAGCAGCAGGAUUGUUUAAUUUGGAGCAUAUAUGCAUCUAUAUGCAUGCAUGCUUCGUGUGUACCUCAAGAGUAUUGGUGUGUUAUGGAGGCUUGUUAAUUAUUGGUAGAUCAGUACGUGCCUGCUUGAUUAAUAUAUAUAAUCAGCUUGUGUAAACUCCUUUGCUUUCAGCACAAAAUGGUGCCAUUAACUUUGCCUUUGACACAAGA